AAAAAGGUUUUAUUUCUGGUAGUUCUGUGUAUUCCUUACAAAACCUUCCUGCUCAACUCCAUUUUUAGGUAUUCAAAUUCAAAGCAGCAUAUGAUCAGUAGCUUUAUAUGUUGUUUGUAAAUUGUUACUUUUUUUAGCCCUAGGCACUGUUGGUAGAUGGACAUAAUUGAUUGAAGCAAUAAGAAUAUAUUUACUUCCUGACAGUAUGUACCGUGAAUUUACGUGGUUGUAAAAUUUAUUCUACUUAGAACAUAAGACUGUAGAGAAAUAAAGAAACCAAGCUUAUUUUUUUUUUUUUUAAGUUGUACAGGACAUGAUCUCACAAAAUUAUUCUCCUUUUAAAAGAGAUUAGAUGCUUUAUGAUUAAUGUCGUUUGUAUGCAAUGCAAACAGGGAUGAAGAUUGAUAGUAAAACCCCAGAAUGCCGUAAAUUUUUAUCCAAACUUAUGGAUCAGUUGGAAGCUAUGAAAAAGCAAUUUGGUGAUAAUGAAGCAAUUACUCAGGAAAUUGUUGGUUCUGCUCAUGUGGAGAAUUAUGCUUUGAAAAUGUUUUUAUAUGCAGACAAUGAAGACAGAGCUGGGCAAUUUCAUAAAAACAUGAUAAAGUCCUUUUAUACUGCAAGUCUCCUGAUAGACGUUCUAACAGUAUUUGGGGAGCUCUCUGAAGAGAAUGCCCAGCACAGGAAGUAUGCCAGGUGGAAGGCAGCGUACAUUCAUAACUGCUUGAAGAACGGAGAGACUCCUCAGCCUGGGCCUAUUGGAAUGGAAGGAGAGAGCUUCGCAGAUGUUGAAAGGGAAGAAGCAGGGUCAUCUUCUCUCCAUAGUGGAACAACUCAACCAACAUCAUCGUCUACAUAUGAAGCUAACAUACCAACUAGUAAUUACACUGGCAUACAUAUACCACCAGGUGCCCAUGCUCCAGCCAACACUCCAGCUGAAGUACCUCAUAACACAGGAGUGACAAGUAACACCAUUCAGCCUGCUCCUCAGAAUAUUCCUCUAGUCGAUCCUUCCCUUUACAGUGCUCAGUCUGCAGUUUGUGAAACACCUCUGGUCUUGUCAGUGGGCACCACUGAAAAGAGCCUGGCUCCAUCUUCUAUGCACCCUCCCUUCAGGGGAAGUCCGUUUGACUCCAGAGGACUUUGCCAGAGCUCAGAAAUAUUGCAAAUAUGCUGGCAGUGCUUUGCAAUAUGAAGAUGUGAGCACUGCUGUGCAGAAUCUACAGAAGGCCCUCAAGUUACUGAUUACGGGCAGAGAAUGAAGCCUUUAUCCAACAGAUUCAUGUCUUUUGCCUAAAGAACUAACAACUUACUACUGUACCUAUUAGGGGAGUGGAGUUAUACACAAGUGCUCAGUCCCUUCACCCAUGGCAAUGCAAUCACUGUUUCAGUGUCAGAUUAGCAAUUAAUGGUACAGUAGGAAUCUCUGUUUUCAUUUUAUAAACAGUGGAGCUAGAAACAUAUGAAUGCAGUGGCUUGAUGUAAGCAAAAUGCCGAAGAAAGUACUGUGAACACUGCUCAAGAGUUAGAAUUAAUCUUGCAAUAUUUAGAUUAUCAGAAUGGGAAAAUGCUGAAUAUGAAAAAAAACUUAAGUAUAAGAAUGUUCUGUUAAAAUUCUUACCCUGAUUUGAUUAUUUCAAACAAUUAUUUAAUAGUUUUUAAUUUCAAACAAUUAUUUAAUAGCUUUAAAAUGAUAACUAAAGAUUAGCGCUUUCCUCCUGAAAUGAGAGCAUGUGAGAAGGCUGACAGAUCCACACGGGAAGGACCUUUUUCUAAACAUAAAUUAUUUGGGUGUUAUCUGAGACAUAAGUCAAAGUUGAGGGAGACCUGAGGACACUUGUAUUUCAUUUUAACACAUACUGGAAAAAACAUCUCUUGAUACUUCAGAAAGAGACGGUGUUCCAACCCAAUACCCCACAAAUGUAUGGACUGUUACAUGUAUUCUUGAUUAUUGGUUCUUGCUCCUUUUGUGUGAACAUUUACAAUUUUGUAUAUGUAUGGGUAACUAAGAGAAAGUACUAAUAUUUAUCAGAGAUGAUCCUGAAACCAGAGGCAGUGAUUCUAAACAACAUGAACUUUUAGGGAGAUGUACUUAAUAGCUGUUCCAUCUUUUUAAGAGGUUGAAAAAAAGGCCUGUUCUUCAGCCAUUAAAGCAGUAUAGGUUCAUCUCUGAUAUUAGUGUCAUAGAGCUUCAUAUUUCCAGCUAAUAUUCUUCCUGUCUGCUUUGUUGUGGAGACUUUUUGGACUUGGGAUUUAAUUAAAAUAUCUUGGAAACUGAAUUUUGAGUCUUUAUGAGGUCUGCCCUUGCAAUUACAGAGCUCUUGAUUGUUAAAAAUCCAUCCAUGCUGUUCAAAAGAAAGAGUAAGUAGUCUUAUAACUGACGUGACAUAAUAAUUGAGUACACCAUAAAGCAUGUCGGAUUUAUGUAAUAAUUAUAGUGACGUAUUAUCCAACCUGUGUUUCUUUCCAAGCUGCCGGAUUAAAUCCACAUAUUCUUUAUGGCCGCACUGUUUUGCAGUGGCUAAAAUAAGUCUGAUAUUCAAAGCAAAAAGAUGAGGAAAAGAAAAUCAAACAUAAGCAUGCAUUAAAGUUUAGCUGGUUGUAUCCUUUUUAAGAGUGUAGUCUUUGACUGCAGAUUUGAAAAGGGUAGUAUAAAACUUGUAAAUGUACGCUUAAGCAUUUUAGUUGGCAGAUUUAAUAGAUAAAAUGUCUGAUAUUGUUUGUGUUGCUUUCUGAUAUGGGGUGGCAUGCUAAUCUGGACAGUGACUUGGAUUAGAUUUUAAUUAUGUUGGGAAAUUUAGAAUAAAGCAAUCUGAAACUUUUUUGAUAGUAAUGCUGUACAGACCUGGGCUAUAUACCUGUGUUUUGUAAAGUGUUCCAUACAAGACAGAUCCCUCACUUCAGUAUCAAAAUUAAUUACAGUAAAUUAUUCCAUGGAUAUUAUAGUGGUGUUACACUGUGCUGGAAAAGCUGCUUUCCAGUUGAAAGGAGGAUGCAGAACAUUGGGUCCAUGAAGAAGUAUAUAUAUUGUAUUGCUAUAAAAAAUCAGAAGUCGCUUUACUUUUGGGAUCACACCACUAUUUACUAAUACCAGCUUCAGUCCCCAUCACUUGAAGGAGGAAAGUCAGUUUUCCUGUUUCUAUUUAAAGAAUGAUUAAAAGAACUUUGGGGGUUUUGUAUUACAUGGAAAAAUAAGCAAGCUAUGAUAUAAUACUGUAUUAAUUUGAGGCUUUUCAAUUAAAAUCGAUAUUUUUUUUGUGAUUGAAUGAUAUGAAUGAUAACUAAGAAGGUUGCAAACAAAAAUGUAAGUAUUUCUUAAAGCAUAUAAAAAAUUGUCUGUUGGCAGACAACAGUUGUGUUGAAUCUCUAGGUUACUCUAAGAAACCACGGAACCAUCAGUGAAAAAGCAAUAAGCAAUAAAAAAGCCAUAAGCAGUACUUUUGAGUGAUCAUUUACAAGUAUGUAACCUUCUUCUGCCUAGAAAGAAAUUAAAAUAAUUGUCUCUGAGGGGAAUGGAGGUGAAAAUGCUAAUACAAAAGUUUAAUUUCUUAGAGUAGCUAUCAGGACAUUCUCUCUGAAAAUAAAUUAGUGUUUAGAAGAUUUAUCAUAUAAAAUUCUCACGAAUUCUGGAAAAUCAAACAUAUCCUAAUACUGACUUUCAGACCACAAUACCUGAAUUAGCAUAUUGAGUUUUAUUUUGCAUAAAUUAUUUUGCUCUGAUAAUUUAUUUUUUAAUCAUCAAACCAUGUCUGAAGCCACAUGUUUAAGCUGCUAACAUUUGAUGCAACAGACUCUGAGUCUUUGUCAUCCAAACCAAUGCCUAAAGUAAAUUAUAGAAAAAUGUUUCCAUUCCAUUAAGUAUAGACUCUGGGACAGCGUUAAAUGUGGCAGAUGGCCAAAAAGUGCAAGCCAGUGUUGCAGAACAGUUCAGAAAGUGUACAUAUUUGAAAAUGUCAGGAGAAUGAAGGUAGAUAGCUUGUGAUUAUUCCAAAUUGGAAUUUAUAGUAUGCACUGGAAUUUAUGGCCUCAUUGUUAAAUAUUGUGUGAGCUUGAAGUGUUGACUGAUUCAUUUUACAGCCGCUCUGGAUGAUAAAGUAUCAACCCAUAGCUCCUCUUAAACCAAUUCCCAACACGUACAAGUACAGUAUUAAAUAGAGUGCUGUUUCUCUUGCAUGCUACAGCCAACACCUCUCUCCUCUUCAAUAUGAUUGCCACCUGCGUGCUUGUUGGCCUUUCUCCUCUGGACUGUGAGUUCCCAGUCUUCUCAAUCUCAUCUUAAGAGAGGAGAAAGCGUUUUCUGACAAAUACUCAGUUUUGCUACUUAUGUAAGCUAGAAUUUUAGUAAAUCUGUUCAAUGUUUGUUACUUAAAAGGCUUUUGGUAUUUCUUAAGGUGUUUGCAGUUCUUUAUACUUUCACCUCUCUGCAGGGAAAGUUCCAUGUUGUACUUCAAGAUUCUUGCAAAAGGCUUUGAAAAGUGUCUUGUGGAGCAGGUCAUUGCUUAUUAAAUGGUGGAGAUAUUUUCAAAUGUGCAGUAAUUGGAUUUAUUAAUACUGGAGGUGUUCUUUUAAAAUUGUUGCAGUCGUUUCUGGUAGAAUUUUUAAUAAUGUCUUUCAUAAGUGAAGUUUCAGAAGCAUAGACUUAAGUAUGAUCAUAUUCCAGAAUGUGAUUGUAAUUGUAGUAUUUGAUGCUAUAUAAUACUUACCUACAAAAAAUUAACUACAGAGAAUCUUACUAUCUGAAGUAGGUUGGGGGGGGUGUGCAGACACAUGUGUCUGUGCGUUUAUAAUAUAAUGCAUAUAAAUUCAGUGGUGGGCUAUAAAAAGGCCUUCCAAAAAACAUAAUUAGUAUCUUGUUUACAA